AAACCAGAUCGGCGACGAGACGAGAAGAACAUCCGCUCUCUCUUGUAGGGAGCACGGCGCGCGGUGUCCAUUUCCCUCCGCUCCCGUCUCGCUCGCGCACAGCGGAGUGGGUCGAGCUCGAACUCGAACUCGCUCCCCUGUCGGAAACCCUGUUCUCCGUCCACUUCCGGCGGGGUUCUGGUCGGUCCGUGGGUCGGCGGGGGGCGAGGGCGGAAUAGGGUUUUAGGGGAGCGCGAGAGCUGUGGCGAGGCGAGGCAGUUGAGAAGAGGGGCGGAGUGGAAUCGAUGGUCAUGCCGAUCUCUGCAGUUUAGGAGUGUUAAGCUUUUGCAGAGAGAGAGAGAGAGAGAGAGAGAGGAGGGGGGGGAAUAUGGAGGGGAAGCGAAUAUCUGCGAGCCCGAGGCCCUGCAGCGGAAGAAGGGUGCUGGCUUCGAAGAAGAGGCCGAGGUGGUGGUGCGGCGGGGACGGGUUCGUGAACAGCGUCAAGAAGCUCCAGAGACGCGAGAUCAGUUCCAAGCGCGACCGCGCUUUCUCGAUGACCGACGCCCAGGAGCGGUUCAGAAACAUUCGGUUGCAGGAGGAAUAUGAUACCCACGACCCAAAGGGUCAUUGUUCCAUGGUCCUGACUUUUCUGAGAAAGAGGUCAAAGAUUAUUGAGAUUGUAGCAGCACGUGACAUUAUCUUUGCCCUCGCUCAAUCUGGUGUUUGUGCAGCUUUUAGCCGAGAGACAAAUCAAAGGAUCUGCUUUUUAAAUGUCAGUCAUGGUGAAGUUAUUCGAAGUCUGUUCUAUAACAAGAACAAUGACUCACUUAUCACAGUCUCAGUUUAUGCAUCUGAUAACUUCAGCUCCCUAAAGUGCAGAAGCACGAGGAUUGAGUACAUAAGGAGGGGAAAACCCGAUGCUGGCUUUGCGCUUUUUGAAUCUGAAUCGCUGAAAUGGCCUGGUUUUGUGGAGUUCGAUGAUGUGAAUGGGAAAGUACUUACGUACUCUGCCCAAGACAGUAUAUACAAGGUAUUUGACCUAAAGAAUUACACGAUGUUGUACUCCAUAUCUGAUAAAAAUGUCAAAGAAAUCAAGAUAAGCCCGGGAAUCAUGUUGUUGAUAUUUACAAAAACUGGCGGUUGUGUUCCUCUUAAGAUUCUAUCCAUAGAGGAUGGUACUGUUCUCAAGUCAUUCAAUCAUCUCCUGCAUCGGAGUAAGAAGGUUGAUUUUAUUGAACAAUUCAACGAAAAGCUUCUAGUCAAGCAAGAAAACGAGAAUCUCCAGAUUCUCGAUGUUCGCAACUUUGAGCUAACAGAAGUUAGCAGAUCUGAGUUCAUGACACCAUCGGCAUUUAUUUUCCUCUAUGAAAAUCAGUUAUUCCUGACUUUUAGAAAUCGAACUGUUGCCGUUUGGAAUUUUCGUGGAGAGCUUGUAACGUCAUUUGAAGAUCACCUCUUGUGGCAUCCAGAUUGCAAUACCAACAACAUAUACAUCACAAGUGAUCAGGACCUCAUCAUUUCUUACUGCAAGGCUGAUUCUGACGACCCCUUAUCUGAAGGAAAUGCUGGAUCCAUCAAUGUAAGCAACAUAUUGACGGGGAAAUGCCUUGCUAAAGUAAAAGCAAGCAACAGCGUCCCUGUGGAGGAUGAAUGUAGUUGCAGUGGUGAAUGUAGUGGUGAUUGCCGUUCCAAGAAGCGUGCCCGUGCCUCCAAAAUCAGGAGCACAGUUGCAGAAGCCUUGGAAGACAUCACUGCGCUCUUCUACGAUGAAGAGCGAAACGAAAUUUAUACGGGCAAUAGGCAUGGCCUUGUACAUGUAUGGUCUAACUGAUUGUUCUCAAGUUUUUAAAUUUAAUUUCUCGAGGAUUCAUUAUAAUUCUCCCGAAUGCUUAUAAUGAUUGUGCUGCCAUCGCACGAUUACCCUUCUAAGUGUAUUAUGAGUUCCUGUAUCGGUUAAGUUUGAGCUUCUUAAGCUGUAUUUUAGAGUGCUGAUGUAGUGACUGGUACCUCUUAUCUAAUUUACCUUCCGUCUGUUUCAGGAUU